AUGGGUGGACAGUUGUCUUUGCUGGCACAGACAGCACCAUCGAUUGGUAUCUUCUCAUACAUCGAUAUAUUAGAUGAAACUCAUUAUGUGUCUCAAUUAAACAACUCACGCUUUCUGAAGACAUGUAAGGCCCUGGAUCCUAAUGGUGAAAUAGUUGUUAAAGUGUUUAUAAAGCCCAAGGAAGACAGUUCAUUAGAGAAAAUCAUACAGAGAUUGAAAAGAGAAGCAGUAUUACUUAGUGCAUUACCCAAUGUGUUGAACUAUAGCAAAAUAUUUGAAUCUACAAGAUGUGGGUACCUAGUACGACAACAUUUGAAGACAAAUUUAUAUGAUAGACUAAGUACCAGACCUUAUUUCACUGAGAUUGAGACCAAAUUUGUUGUGUUCCAGUUGCUACAGGCAUUGAAAGAUAUACAUGAUCUCGAUGUAAUCCAUGGUGACAUUAAAACCGAGAAUCUGUUAUUAACAAGCUGGGAUUGGGUGGUGCUCUCUGAUUUUUGCUCUAAUAUAAAACCGGCAUACAUUCCAGAUGAUAACCCUGGCGAGUUUUCAUUUUAUUUUGAUACUUCAAAAAGAAGAGCUUGCUACCUGGCACCAGAAAAGUUUGAUUCCGCUAAGGCUUCAGGUGAUGGGGUACAUCAAGCAACAAAGGAAAUGGACAUAUUCAGUCUCGGAUGCUGUAUAGCGGAGCUGUAUCUAGAUGGAGCAGCGCUUUUCAAUUUGUCUCAAUUGUUCAAAUACAAAAGUGGUGAUUAUACUUUGAAUGACAUUCUUCCCCAAACUAUAUCGAAAAGUUCACCUGUACUCAAAGAUAUACUUCAGGAUAUGUUGCAAGUGGACCCCAAGAAGAGACUAUCAGCACACGAACUACUAGAGAAAUAUAGAACAAUCUAUUUUCCAGACACGUUUUAUGAUUUUUUAUAUGAUUACUGUAAAACUUUGGUAACCCUAGGCACCAGUGUUCCUUGUGCUGAUCAAAUUGAGGUCAACACCACGCUACAAGAUCAUUUAGGAAGUAUAGACGAAAUAUUGAUAAAAAUUUAUUGCGACUUUGGGAGAAUAUGUAAAAGUCUGAAACUUCCCGUAUUAGAUCAAGAGGAUAUGAACUAUAAUACAAAAGACAGUUUUUUGAGAGUAUCAGAUAAACUUUUAAGAUUGGAAAAUUAUGAAACAGAUAAAAUUACCGCGUCAAUACAGAAUGAAGUUUCAUUAAUAAUUUUAGUGUUCUUGUGCAAGGAAUUCAGAAAUCUCCAGUUUCCAGAAAAUAAAGUCAAAGCUUUACAAUUAAUUUUAGCCUUUUCAUUGUUUGUGUUAGAUGAUACAAAAUUAGACCGGACAUUGCCAUAUCUUGUAGCUGCUCUAGAAGAUGACUCUACUAGAGUUAAAGUUAUGGCAAUGAAUUGUGUAACUACACUCAUAAAGGAAGUGAAACAUCCAAAUCAACUAAACGAAAAUAUUUUUGUUGAUUACUUACUUCCUCGUGUACAAGCUUUGCUUCAGAAUGGACAAGAAGAGAGUUUAGUUAGGGUUGCAAUAGCCAGUAACUUAAGUGAUCUAGCAUUAAAAGCAAAUCUUUUUCAAGAAUAUUGUCACACAAUGCAGUCAUCAACAAUUCCAAAUAUUGUUCAUGAUUUUGAAAGUAUCGAAGUAAUAAGAAAGUACUCCCGUAAAUUACAGCAGUUAUUUGAAGACUUGACAGUAUCAAUACUAACUGAUCCUGAAAUCAGUGUUAAGGUCGCACUUCUGAAAAAUAUUCUCCCACUGUGUAAAUACUUUGGAAGAGAAAAAACAAACGACGUUAUUCUAAGUCAUCUAAUAACAUACUUGAAUGAUAGAGAUCCAGCGCUGAGAAUGUAUUUAGUAGAGUGUAUUUCAGGAAUCGCAAUACUUCUUGGUCCGAUCACUAUGGAGCAAUAUAUUCUUCCAUUAAUAAUACAAACGAUAACUGAUGAAGAAGAAUUAGUAGUGGUAAGCGUUUUAAAAAAUUUGAAAGACCUUCUAAAAACUAGAUUCGUUAAUAAAAAGUAUUUUUAUGAUAUUACAAAAUUUUUAUCUCCAUUGAUAUUACACCCAAAUAGCUGGAUAAGAAAUUUUGUUCUAACCACCCUAGUUGAAUGUAUUAACCAAAUGAGUAAAGCAGAAGUUUACUGUGUGCUAUAUCCCGUAUUGAGACCUUUUUUUGAUUUUGAUGUUGAUUUUACUGGUGAUAUGCUAAUAAGCUGCGCAAAAUUGCCAGUUUCUCGAAAUACUUACAACCUAUUAAGAAGCUGGAAUAAUAGAUCCAAGAAAACAUUCUUUUGGCAAAGAGUUACUACAAACUAUGUAGAUGCAUUCGGCAACUCGACGAUAAAUUUUGUCGACAAGAGAUAUGUGAAGGAGAAUUAUGGUUUAAAAACAAUGAAAGUGGAAUCUAAUAUUCACUUACAUACAAAUGAAAACGAAAACAUUCCCCUAACACUUGAAGAUAAGUUUUGGAUAGAUAAAUUUAAAAACUCAGGAUUAACAGACAAUGAAUUGUGGAAGAUUGUAGCCUUAAGAGAAUACGUUGUACGCAGCAGCAGAUCAUCAUCAAAGAAACCAGAAACAGUAACCAGUAUUGUAUCAAAGCUAAGUCUGACACCUAGUAAUUUCUCAAUUGAAAAUGUCAUGCCGAAUACAGUGUUUUUUGACAUAGAAUUUUUACAUCCCGAAACUCUCACAUUUAAUGAUCUCGAUGUAACAAACACUAAUAGCAUUAAAGAAUCUGAAUCUAAUACAUUUACUGAUAAUCAUUCUAAGGUUAUCGAAAUGAAAGGCUCUCUCAUUUUCAAAACUCCAAGAAUUCCAACCACAUUAUCAAACCUGAAGAAUAUAUAUGUGCAAUUAGAGCCAACAAACAAUCACAGUGAAGGACAUGCACACUUAUCCGCUAGGAAUCAGCCAGCGAAUUUUAUUGUCAAGAGUAGUUAUGAAGGUCAAGAUAAAAUUAUAGAAAAAUAUUUGAAGCAAUUAAAUAUUUUGCCAUCCUUGAAAGAAUACAAGGAGUUUGGAUUUGUUUCGGAAAACACAACUGCUGAAGCCGAUGUUAUUAAUUUACAUGGAAAGUUUGUAAGAUCAUACCCUCAGAUUUUUGAUGGAACGCUAUUGCAAUCAGAAGUCCUUUUAGGAACGAAAUCUUUCAUGAUUUAUGGUUCAGACCAAGGUGCAUUGACUGUGUGGGAUAUAGAUAGGCUAGCAAAUGAAAAGUCUAUCACAAGGCCACUAUACUAUGAAUGCUCUGCUGAGAUUACUUGUAUUAAGGGCCUGUCUGGAUAUGACUCUUUUUGUGUGGGCCUAAAAUCUAGUGAAAUUUUGAUAUUUAGGAUCUCUCUAUCGAAAAAUGGAAAGGCGAAAAACCUUCAAGAGCUUAUAUGCAUUCGUUCACUAAACUUAAUUGGAGAGAAUUCUUCGGAAUACCCCAUCCAGAUAGAAUGCUGUCCAAAUAAUGACCAAUUUCAAUUAGUUGUGCUGUCCAAUUACUCCAAUGUUUACUUGUUUGACAUAAGAACCAUGAAAGUUAUUGAAAAACUAGAACUGAAUGCUGAUUAUGGCUGUACUAUAUCUAUGGUUUUAGAUGAUAAAAAUAACCUCUUGUUUUUUGGCACAGUAUCAGGUAUAAUUGAAAUGUGGGAUGCAAGAUAUUUUGUGCAGAUAAGAGCGUGGACAUUUGGAGAAUCACUGCCUAUUAACAAAUUGGCGAUUAUGGAACAAGAGAACAAAUCUCUCUUGGUAGUUUGUGGAGGUGUUGAUAGCGCAUUUUUUACUUUAUGGAAUAUAGAAAAACUUAGCUGCAAGCAUGUGUUUGUCAGAUCAAAUGAGCAGCCUUCCCUGGAUAGUUUUAAUGUUAUUGAUGCUGACAAGCUGGAUAAGCUUGCUUUUGAGAAGAAUAAUUCAAAUAUCAAGCCCAUUGUUCAAAUUUUCAAUAAUAAGGUGUUGUACAUGGACGACAUUGGCCGAUUGUUGCAUAUUUUGGAUACUCGAAAUCCAGAAAAGUCUUCUACUUUUGCUGGCUCUAAAGUGGAAUUACAUUCAUUUUCUGUACUACAAGUGACUGCAUCAUUGACUAUGUCCUUGCAAAAGCAUAAUUAUCAAAAAGAAGUAAACAAUUCUAACUAUACCAGCAGCAGGGUAAUGACUGUAAAUGUGUUUCAGUUGAAAAAUAAACCAUACAUGUUAUUAACUGACGAGGAGGGAUAUAUAAAUAUAUAUACCUAG